AUGCUUACUGUCGCUACUGCUGCCAUCACCACCACCAUCACCACCAAGAGCGCGGCAAAUCCAUGGUCCUUUUUCAUGCGUUAUUGGGCUUACCUCAGCCGCUGCCUUGGCCUGGUGCGGUGCUGGUGCUGGUGCCAUGUGGGAAAACAGGAAAAGAAGGAAAAAAAAAAGGCCGCGUCUGAAACACUCGAUGGCAUGCCACCCAAGCAGAGGCAGCAGCAGCAACAUCAUCAUCAUCAUCAUCAUCAUCAGCAGCAGCAGCAGCAGCAGCAGCACCAACUAUAUGGACUUCGCACCAUGCGUCGUCUCCCGUCCCCCCCUCUGGACGCGCUCGACAAGCGGCACCGCAAUGGUGGCGACGUGCAGCUGACCUGCACACGACCUUGUCGCACCAUCCAGGAUAGACGUGGUGCUGGCCACUGGGAGACGGCGGCUGCUCGUCUUGCAUCAUGGCUGACGUUUCUGCGUGAGCCGGGCGUGGCCAGUCUCGCUCCAGCGUUGGGCGACGCGUGUGGCAAAGGAUUUACUUUCUGCAUUCGCUGCAGGAAACAUUGCGCGAUGUCGCUCCAUGACUUUAGGCUCGCAGGACGCAUGGUUGGGGGGGUGCAGCUGUUGGGCAUCGUGAGACGUCGCUACCGCUCUUUUUCUGUUUGCGCCGGCGCGGGAAAGCAUGGCCAAGUGUCGCAGGGCCGGCCAGAUGACGAGGCGGACGGGCAAGACGACGACGGCGGCGACGACAUGGGCUCUACCACCGUCAUCCGCGUUGCUUCUGCACUGGGCGAGAGCGGUGAUACUGCGGGCGGUGCGGCCGUGUUUGGUGUGUGA